GUCGUUGCCGCGUUCGUCUGUUCUGUGUUCUGCUAGGUACUUGAAGUACUGUCAAAAAUCUUGAUUAUAGAGUCUGCGACACGCCCCACCCCCGAUCCAUUCAUCAGGUGUAUAAAAUGUCAUUAUGUCAAACGUAUAAUUAUCUACAAAUGUGUAUUAAUGUGUUCGAAAUUGUGUUACUGUGAACAAGGUUUAUGAAACAUGACUGAAAAGGUGAAUCUUUUCGGGUUAAUGCGGUUAGCAAGGUGAUACCGACAAUGGAGUUUGUUAUGAUACGGGUGUUUUAGAUUCCUUGUUAAUAUUCUGCAGAAGCCUUCCAGUAUCAUCAGAAAUGGCAGAAGACGAAAUUCUAUUUGACGAUGUUUAUGAACUUUGUGAAAUAAUUGGAAAAGGUCCGUUCAGUUUGGUUCGAAGAUGUAUUCAUCGACAGACUGGGCAUCAGUUUGCUGUCAAAAUCGUAGACGUGGCAAAGUUCACUUCAAGCCCUGGUCUGAGUACUUCAGACCUGAAGAGAGAGGCUACUAUAUGUCACAUGCUGAAGCAUCCACAUAUUGUAGAAUUGUUGGAGACCUACAGCUCAGAGGGAAUGCUCUAUAUGGUAUUUGAAUAUAUGGAUGGAUCUGACAUAUGCUUUGAAAUAGUGAGACGAGCAAUGGCCGGUUUUGUGUACAGCGAGGCAGUAGCAAGCCACUACAUGAGACAGAUCCUGGAGGCGCUGAGGUACUGCCACGAGAAUGACAUCAUCCACCGAGACAUCAAGCCUCACUGUGUGUUGUUGGCGAGCAAGGAGAACUCGGCUCCCGUCAAACUUGGAGGUUUCGGAGUGGCCAUACAGCUCCAGGACGGAAAGGUUCUCAACGGAGAGAGUUUUAUUUCAAUGUCUCGGCCCAGCCUAAGUCCACAGGGGCAACUUUACUUGAAUUCCGACCGUGAGGGGAGGAUAGGCACACCUCACUACAUGUCACCUGAGGUGGUGGAGCGGCAACAGUACGGCAAACCGGUGGACAUUUGGUCAGCUGGCGUGUUGCUACACGUGCUGCUCUCCGGCACUUUACCCUUCCUCGGCACUAGAGACCGUCUGUACCACUCGGUUUGCAAAGGGAAACUACACCUGGAUACACCAUUGUGGGAGUGCAUCAGUGAAAACGCCAAAGAUUUAAUUAGGAAAAUGCUCACGUUAGAUCCUAACCACAGGAUAACGAUACAGGAUGUGUUAAAUCAUAAGUGGCUCAGGGAUAGAGACAAAGGAGUGUCGAAGAUCCACCUGGUUGAUACAGUGGAAGAAAUGAAGAAGCUGAAUGCCCGCAGGAGACUGAAGGGUGCCGUAAUGGCGGCCGUUUCGUCCCCCAAGUGGGCCUCAGACACGGGUGACCCAGACCACUUCUCUGAUUAUGGGGAGGAUGAGGUUACUUCUGCAGCUGUGAGCAUGGUCCUGGAUUCACUCGAUGAUAUCCAUUGCCUUCAGGAACCCCCCCUGGACGACCGGGAGUUCCUACAAGCUGUGUUAGAGGAUAGACAACUACAUGCGCUGCUAGAGCUGUACGACCGGAUCUCGAGUAAAGUAGUGAGUCCGACACGUGCGCCGCCCAGCGAUGCCGUGCUUAAGUGUCGGGACGCCCUGGACGCGCUGCGCGACUUCGAGCAGUCCCUGUCUCCGGGCGAGCUGGAGCUGGAGACCAGUGGGGAGAUCGAGGAGCUCAAGGAGUUACUCACACAGCCUCAUUUCAGGUCUUUGCUACAAGCGCACGAUGUGGUGGCACACGAAAUAUACGGCGAGGAGGCGAUGCGGGUCACUCCUCCUCCCCUCCCAUACCUCAACGGGGACGACGAUGACCUUGAGGCGCAAGACGGGGAUGAUUUGGAGAACGUCACCCGUGUGCGCCUUGUUCAGUUCCAGAAAAAUACCGAUGAACCGAUGGGAAUCACGUUGAAAAUGAAUGAGGAUGGCAAGUGUAUCGUUGCGAGAAUCAUGCACGGAGGUAUGAUUCAUCGGCAAGCAACUUUACACGUCGGCGAUGAAAUUAGGGAGAUCAAUGGAAUCCCAGUUGUUAAUCAAUCAGUAAAUGCCUUACAAAAGAUUUUGAGAGAAGCGAGAGGGUCUGUGACGUUCAAGAUAGUGCCGUCAUACAGAAGUGCACCGCCUCCGUGUGAGUUGUUCAGGAUAAAGCCACUUCAAGUUAUUAUAUUUGUCCGUGCUCAAUUUGAUUACGACCCAUUGGACGAUGACCUCAUACCUUGUGCUCAAGCGGGAAUUGCCUUCAAAACGGGAGAUAUCCUCCAGAUAAUUAGCAAAGAUGACCACAACUGGUGGCAGGCGAGAAAGGACAACGCGGCCGGCUCCGCAGGUCUCAUACCCUCGCCCGAGCUGCAAGAGUGGCGGACGGCAUGCAUCGCUCUAGAGAAGAGCAAACACGAACAAGCUCUGUUUAGAGGCCUAAAAGAUGGCGACAUCGACCCUGGAUGUUCGUCCCAUACAGAAGGCUGUGAUGGAUCUACAGUCAAUUGCUCAAUCUUCGGCCGCAAGAAGAAGCAGUACAAGGACAAAUAUUUAGCGAAACACAACGCUGUGUUCGACCAGCUGGACCUUGUUACCUACGAAGAAGUCGUUAAACUUCCUUCUUUUAUGAGGAAGACAUUAGUUUUACUCGGAGCACAUGGAGUCGGUAGAAGACAUAUAAAAAAUACACUUAUAGCGAAACACACGGACAAAUAUGCCUAUCCUAUCCCACACACGACCAGGCCACCUCGUAGUGAUGAGGAGAACGGACGCAACUACUACUUUGUCUCCCACGACGAGAUGAUGGCGGACAUAGCUGCCAAUGAGUACCUUGAGUACGGUACUCAUGAAGAAGCAAUGUAUGGCACAAAACUGGAAACUAUUAGAAAAAUUCACCACGAAGGAAAAGUUGCAAUCUUGGACGUAGAACCCCAAGCUCUGAAAGUUCUCAGAACUUCUGAAUUUGCACCUUACGUGGUUUUCAUCGCUGCCCCACUAUUACAAAAUCUUGCAGACUAUGAUGGAAGCCUAGAACGUCUAGCCAAAGAAUCUGACCUUUUGAGACAAGCAUAUGGACACUUCUUCGAUCUAACUAUCGUAAACAACGACAUUGAGGAGACGAUUGCGGCAUUAGAACGAGCCAUAGAGAGAGUACACACAACAGCCCAGUGGGUGCCAGUGUCUUGGGUCUACUGAGCGAGUCACCACGAGUUCUAACAAGCACAGUGGAUCCUGACGUCGCGUGUCUACCGACCAAGUCUAGAACGGAUCUACUGAGCGAGUCACCACGACCUUUAAUCAAUACAGUCGGUCCUUGAUCAAAUCAAGAUAUGGAUCUACUGAGCGAUUACCGCGAGUUCUUACAAGCACAGAAAGUCCUGGCUGUUGUAGGCCAACUGAUAAAGUCAAGAUGUGGGUCUGCUGAGCGAGUCACCUUGAAUUUUGACUAACACGUUGGUUCCUGCUUGUUUUUGUCGGGACUGAGCGGGUCGCAACAAGUUCCAACAAGCACAUUGAGUUCUGGCUUGGGUUAUACUUGUUAGUCUAAUCAGCAGACAUCCUAUUUUGUGGUCUACCAACAGGUUACUUGAUUCACUUUUAAAUAAAUAUAAAAACCUAUGUAUUAUGUAGUCAAUAAUCCUGGUGCUGGAUAGCCACCAGAAUAAUAUUGACUAUUGUACCGCUGCAUGAUGUUACAGCUCUAAGGCCAGACCCACAUCUCACUUCCUCAAUCACAGUGCUGCUUGAGGCUGUUGGCUCAGUAGUUAAGAGCUUACUCCUUCCUUUUAAAAUACAUCUAAAACAUAAAUAUUUCAUAAAAAUUACGUUCCUCAUUUAUAUUUUUUUUCUAAAACUAUACAAAUGUGUUACAUUUCGUAUAUACAUAAAAUGUAUAUAUGAAAAAAUUAAAUAUUUCAUAAAUUAUGUACAUCAUUGUAUAUGUGCUCCAUUUCAUAUAUACGUACAUAAAAUGUAUGUAUGAAAAAUCCGUCAUGUUUUAUUUGAUUUUUUUAUAUACGAUAUAAAAAUUAUUAUAAAUGAUAAAUCAAAUUCCUAAUCUAAUAUAUUACAAUAAUUUUGUAUCCAAAUUUGGUUUGGAUUUUAUAACCAAACAAAAUCUAUAUACAAUUAUUAAAAGAAUUAGAACGUUUGAUUCGUCCAAGUAACAUUGAUGGAUGAUAAAUAUUAUGUAACAAUAUUAGAAUUAAUUUUAAAAGCAAUAAUUUCACUCUUUACAUAUUACAUAGUUAUAAUAAUAACUCUCCCAAAUUACAUAAACGUGCCUAAAAACAUUUUUAAAACACAUACGUUUUUGUAUUGUAAUUUACGUGGCUUUGUACAUAUUUUCAGUAUUUUUGGGGAGGAGUAAGGUCAGUGUUUGUGUUAGGUAACUCAGAAGUAAUUCUAUUAUAAAUCAAAAUACUAUAUUGUAAAUAUAUAGGGUAAAAAUAGCAAUGUCUCCAGCUGAUAACAGUCAGGCAGGUCAUGAAUUGGACAAUCGGCAGCUUGGAUUAUUGUAUGAUUAUUGAUAUUUUUUUACCUGCUCAAUGGUUUAGCAAUAACAAUAUUUUAACAGCAACUUGCAAUUGUUAAAAUUAGACAAUUUCAUCAUUACAUUUACUGUAUGAAAAUAAUUAACACUUGUGUUAUUUUAUCUUAUGGAAUAUACAUUUUAUGUUUUGUAAGGUACUUAACUUACUAGUACUUCAAUAAUGUUCUAAUGAGUGUGGUUAAAGUACUACCGACCUACACUCGCUCACUUAAAGUAUCCAGUAUUCAACAAUUGUUUUCGUUUUGUAUCUUGUAAGUUAUUCUUAUAAUUUAACUGUGAGGAAUAACAGCCAUUUUACUUAACCUCUGUUUUAGCCUUAAGUUCAAACUUUUAAAACUGAAGAAACACUAAGCAGAAUGUUUAGAAUUGUUUAGUUGGUAGCAGUGCUUGUUGAACCCAUAAGUUAACUGUAAUGGCAAACCAAACCCUUUUCAGACAAGGAAAUGUUAAUUUUUUUGUGAUCAAGUGAUGUAUAUAUAACGGAGGGGGGACUUAUGGCAGCAGUUAGUUACUAUUAAAAGCUUAAUUUAGUACCUCACUCAAAAGUACCUUAAUUUAUAUUCUGUUGAAAUCGGCAGUGAUUACUUAUGCUGCUUUAAUUUUCAAGUAGUAUCUAUUCAGUUUGUUAAGUAGUUUUGUUUUAUACUGUGUUUUUGAUAAUACUAGAUUUUGUCACUGUACACCACUGAAACCAACUUCUGUAACUGCUAUGAACUACACUAGUUGCAGUUUUCUGACCUUAUGCAAAUGCUUAGGAAAAAAACAGCUGUCAAGAUUUCACAAAGUAUGUUAAUAGGUAAGCACCAUUUUGCCCCACCCCUGCAUUGUCAUGAUUGUUAUUCUGUUCAUAUACAAUGCCUUUUUGUUUCUAUAGCUUUGCACAGAAGACCUAAAGCACAUUCCAGUCGUAUUUCCUGUUUCUUCUCAAAUAAAACAAUUGAAUUUCGCAUAGACUGGAAGUACGGUUUGUUUUUAGUGUUUAGAACGCAAGAAACAAAAGGUAUAGUUGACACUCAAUGUCAAAUCUCUACAAGAAAUGGUAAAAAUGUGGUGAUGGAAAUGUUACAAUGGGUGUAAAAAUAUUUUUAAUUGGUUCAUCCUUCUUUUUUCUCAAAGAGUCCCUUCUCCUUUUCCAUCACAUGAAAUUGUUGAAGUUCCAUAUAGCUAAAAGAAUGUCACAAGCAUAUUGAAUCAUCAUCAUUCGGCAAAACGGUGCUUACUUGUUGAGCAUGCCUUGGCCACUAGUUGCAUUGCCUUGACUACUGCAAGGAAAUACAUUCAUUGUGUUAUUCUGCAGGACUUUGGAAAGUAAGAUUCAUGAAUUGAAUAACAAUGCUUUCCUGGUGGCCAAUUAAAUUUUCAUAACAAACUUUCAAAAAAAUUGUAAAAAUUUAAACUAUUUAGUUAAAUUGAAGUAUUCCAGUACUUAUUCUUGUAUCAAAAUUUUAAAUAUGACAGUAGAUUUUUUAAAAGAAUUUUUAUCUGUUUAGUUGAACCUCUUAACUGAAAUUAUCAUUAUUACAGUGCAGUUUUUGACUUCAUUUUACAAGGAAGUUUUUGCUGUUUAAAUAUGUAAGAUGGUAAAAUUUUAAGCAUAAUGUUCUGUUACUGGUAGAAAAUUAUUUUAUAACAAUGAAUGUAUAAUUUCCUUUAAUUUUUGAUGUUAAACUUCAAAAUUUAGUCGGCAUAUUUUUUAAAAUUAAUAUAUACAUAUAUAUUAAAGUGGCCAAGAAUCAAAACGUAAUAAAACUAUUAUGACAUUUUUCUAAAGUUAAAUAAAUACAAAAUUUGGUUACAGUGAUUUGAAGAUAGGAAGACAUUUAAUAAUUUUACAACAGACAGGGUGGGUAUGAUUUAAGUUUCAGUGUGUAAAAUGUUUUUUACUCACAUUAAUCCAGACUACAAUAUCUUGCAAACUCAGCUCAACGAUAAAGCUGAUCAAGCAUAUAGAUAAAACUAUGUGGCAUGGCGUGAUAUAUUUUUGUACAUGUACACAGUGUAGUUGAUUGUUGUUUAACGAUCACAAACAUUAAUUGUUAUUAUAUUAUCCGUUUCCAAAAUAAGUUAUUUUGUGUGUUUCUUUAGUCGUGUCUUAGUUGUGUAAGUACUUAUUUUUAAUAAACUUUAUUGUAUAAUUACCUUAGUUGACGUGAGUAGUUGUGUACCUCAGACAGAUCCAUGUAAGUUGUAUCUUUUGUUGGGCUAACUCUGUGAUAUAGGAUCUGUAUCAGGCACAAACCUGAGAAACAACCAUUACGUUAUAGUUUGUAAAGUUCGGAGGCAGUGUUUACUAAAGAACCAGCCUUGUCUAGAUGAAGGACCCUAGUAAACGUUUUAAAGGGAAAAUCUUGUGGUCUAUGAAUUUAGGAGUGUUUUGGAUGUAGUUGACUCGGAACGGAGUCAACAGUAAUACUAACCGAUCAACUAAUAUCACUUUUAACUUUUUUAAAUUUUUAAAAGAUGUCUAAAACAUAUUAUGGGUUAACAUAUUUACUCAUUUUUUACGUAAAUAUAUAUUAUUAGUUUUAGUGAACAGGUAUCUCGUUUAUUAAGGUGAAGCGAUGAAUUGUUGAAAUGUGCGACUUAUACUCUAAACUUUUAGUGAAACGGACCGCAGUGUGUGAGUGACCAGGACUAGAACCGUAAGUACCGGUACCGUACGUAGCGUACCGUGUACUGUACUGUGGACUGAUUGGCUGUGUUGUCGUCUCCAUUACGGCACGUAGAGAAUGUUCAACUUGUACACUCUCAUUUUAAUAAAACAAUGUACUUUAACUCAAAUUGUUCUUUUGUGUUUUACAUGUGUUUGAGAAGACCACUGCCAAAUACAGACCAAUAGGGAUAAAUUUGUUUCAGUUUUAUUUUACUUUUGUUGUUCUGUUACAAAAUGCUGUUGUUCCUGUUGACUGAUAAUGGUGACAAAUGGAUAAACAUUAACAAAGAUAUUUUAUUGAUUGAAACACGUUUUUAAUGGAUUCUUAGAAGUCCAAAUCAAUUUAACAGUUUGAAUUUCUAUGUUUCAAAACAAUUUUUACGUUUGCUCAAAUAAAUUCAUAUUUUGAAAAAUCUGUGAACUAAGAUGUAAAAUUUAAAUUUAAUAAAUAAAGUCAAAAAAUUAAAUCAUCUGAAACAAAACGUAUUAGAUUUGAAUUAUUCAUUAAGAUUUUCAUCAAUAAACUGAAAUGAGUUUUUGUUAUACAAAGAGAACUUAAAAUUUAUGUAUGACUUUAUACAAUAUUUAUAGACUCUUUAUUAAGUUACAAACCCUAGGUAGAGUAGCCAGUGUCUUCAACUGUGAUGCUUAUAACCUAAUUCUCAGGUUAUAGCAAAUACUUUUUCUGUGCGUUUUGACCAAGACCUUUGGUCUUUGGAAAUAAGUGGAAAAAAUUAAAUUAUUUGGCAUUUGUCUUAAUCAAGGAGAUGCCAAAACAUAAUGUUUUACUUAAAUAAUUUCAAAUGCAUUACAACCAGAAAUUCAGCUAAUCAUCGCUGAGUUACCAGCUUUUAUGUCUAAGAACACUGAGAUUAAUAAGAAAUUUCAUUUGAACCAUUAUCCUGGAUAUCAACAGACAGGAAAUUAAUGAAAGUGAUGCAAGUGAAAUCUUGUAAUCUUAAAUAAAUCAUUCAUCGUUCACUGUGUUAUGUAUCUUAACGGAGGUAAUAUUUUAAGACUAUGAACACUUGUUUCUGUGUAACAACUGUAACGUUUACCGUUUCGAAAUGUUAAUUUAUUACUUUUUGUAGGUUUUGAACUAGACUUUAUUGUUAAACUAGGAAAUACAUUUAACAAUAGUCAAAAUGAUUUAUUGUAUAUGCGAUUAAAGAUUUUAAUUAGAAA